AUGGAGACAACUUUGGCAGCCUUCAUCCUGCUGCUGUUAUUCAGCACUUCCCUGCCCACCUCAAGUGGACAAUACAUUGAACCGCGCCUGUGCGAUGGGGUAUGCUACUGUUCCAGGGCCGAGGCGGUUGUGGACUGCAGCCCGCAGGACAGAAUCAUGGGAAUUCCAACAAAUUUGCCACCGGGCACGCGGAAACUCGUGAUCCAGGGUGGCGUCUUCCCCGAACCGGGCCACCUUAGCGCCAAAAACCUCACCGGUCUCACCCACCUGGUCAGUCUCCGGAUUGUCAACUCGAAGCUGAGGUCUGUUGAGAGCCGAGCCUUUCUCGGAAUGACCAACCUGCGCGAUCUGGACCUCUCGCUCAACCUCCUCUACCGAAUCGAGCCCCGCACCUUCUACGGCUUGAACCUCCAGACUCUGUACUUGCAAGAGCAGCGCCUUCAACAGGAUCCCUACUUGUACGGUCCGCCAACUGACCCCGAACCCCUGCUGAUUACAAGUGAAGCCUUCUACGGUCUUUCAGCAGCUAGGAUAGACCUUCGACGCAAUUUCAUCUCUGACAUAUCUUUCUCGCUCUUCUCGGAGGUCAAAGGUCUGGAGAAGUUGAUCCUCUCGAACAACCAGAUUCGGCAGCUGGAUCCGACUUUUGCGACCUACUUCGAUAAUUCAAAUCAUAUGCUUGAUCUAACGGACAAUCCACUGGAGUGCUCCUGCAAACUAGCCUGGUUGGUCCGUCGGGUUAAGGAAUGGGUGGUUCAAUCGCCAACACUCAAGACCACCUGCAUCGUUGAUCCACGGAUCGGGGGACCUGGAUCGCGAGUUGAGCUGAAGAAACUUUCCGCAGAUCACCUCUGCAUGGCCUCUCGAAUUCAGUCAAUCGGUGUCGAUAUCGCGUCCGCUGGGAGGGCUGCGACCCUCAGCUGCACCGCCGUUGCUUUCAAUCGAAUGGACGUCGGUGCCCAGCACGGAGGUUUUCGCUAUGGAGAGCUGGAACCAUACAUGUACCACCCAGUGGUAAGACUUCGGCCACCAUCCGUGGCUUGGAAGUACAAGGAGUCAGGCCAGUUGCGUCAGGUGACUGGUAUGCCCUCCGACUUGCCGCAGCCAUUUGAUCCAACCUUUGGUGCUAACGAAGAGCAGAAAACCAUGACAACGGUCCAGCUGAACGUCUCUCUCUCCCAAGCGAGUAGGCAAUUUACCUGCAUUACCUGGGACGAGAAGGAGAAUGAUCAAGAGGUUCUUGUGACCAUCCGCGGUCCCGUGUUUCCAGCACUAGUCGAAUUCCAAGGCGGAAACAAGGAUUCCGCAGUUGACUUCAGCAACGACAAACCCACCCAGCUGGACCCCAAAGUCAAGGAAGGCGGCCCCACAUCGCCAAGCAAUGUGGCGUAUGCUCAUUCAAACUUUCUCUUCCAAAAGCAGUACACCUUGCUGGAAAUGAUCGGUGCCGUGAUUGGAACGUUCCUUGUGACCUUGGUUGUCCUCCUGGUUGGGUCCCGAUGCAUGCUGCUGUUGAAACACCGUGCCAUUUCAAACCACCUCUCGAAGGAAAUCGGAAGCAGGCCGUCGACGUAUGACACGCCGACAUCAAAGCAGCCAGACACGAUGGGGUUAGGUGGAACUGCCACCACACGGACGAACGGGGGGAACAGUAACGGAGGCCUCCAGUCCCUAGGUUGUGAUGGCAUUACUGCCUACCCCCUGUAUAAUCAUUACCUCGCCUCCGCAUCCGGUGUCACCUAUCCCACCCAUAUUCCCCCAACCGCCUCGCUGAUAACCAGUCCAACAAGUGCCCAGCUAAUGCCAAUUUCCGCCGCGACCCCCCUUUUACAGCCCAGCUUGACGGUUCAGGGGCUUCAGGGCAUGCAGCCGAUUCCUCAGUGGCCUGCCCCUCCCGGUUCAGCCUAUUCAGGCGCAGGUAGCCAUGAAUAUGACAUCCCUAGAGCCAUGGAACUAUCCCAGGUAGCCUCGGACCAGGCGACGCUGCAACGAGAACAGCAACAGCAGCAGCACCUACAGCAACAAAUGCAAGCAAUGUCACAGCAGACGCAGCAGCCGAAGGUUGCGAAUGUGGCAAAUGACGUUUUUGGAGGAGACACCGCUGACUGA